AUGGGUGAAUUUGACGACGCUCUAACAGGACAAGAGAAAGAAGUUUCCGCCAUUUCGCUGCAAGCGAAGAUCCCGAAAUUCUGGCGAGCACAACCCAGGCUGUGGUUUGCUCAGUUCGAAGCAGUGAUAUCACCAUACAAGACCAGCGAUGAACGAAAAUACAACUUGGUGGUUGCAGUAUUGGAGAGGCAAGACAUCGAACAAGUUAGUGAUAUAAUCUGUAAACCACCAGAGUCAGGAAGAUACAACGCAUUGAAAAGUCGUUUGCUAUCAGUGUACGAAGAGUCCGAGUCCCGUCAAUUCCAGAAGCUUUUGAGCGGACUAGAGUUAGGAGAUCAGAAGCCUAGUCAACUCCUGAGGGUGAUGCGAGAGCUGGCUGGAGAAAAGGUACAAGAUAACGCCCUCAAAAUAUUAUGGAUGGGUCACUUACCUUCCCAAGUUCGUGCCGUACUAUCCGUGAACACGGAAUCUGCAUUAGAUACCCAAGCGUUGAUGGCGGAUAAAAUGAUGGAGCACACGGAACAUACGAUCGCAGAGGUCAACCAAUCUGUAUGUGCACCUACUCCAAGUACCAGUACUGGUCCAGACUUGCAGUUCCAAGUUUUAACAAAACAACUUGAAAAGCUGACUCUUGAAAUUGCCGCACUGAGGAAGGAGAAUGUGAACCACCGACGCCCAUUUCGCAGAGACCACAGCCGUCCGAGGUCCCAGUCCCGCACCCGAACUGGACCAGGAAAGAAACCAGGAGAUCCAACCUGGGAAUGUUACUAUCACCAUCGGUUCGGACACAAGGCAAAAAAGUGUGAACCACCAUGUGCAAGGAGGCCGUCGGAAAACUGA